CGACUUCGGGCACACGAGCAAUACCAACACGCAGAGACGCCAUCUCUCUCUCUCUCUCUCUCUCUCUCUCUGGGGAAGCUACACCGGUGCACUGAGAUUUCAGCUUCAAUGGAAGGGAGUUCGUCGCGUCCCAGCCGCAAGCGCCCUUUCUUCGAGGACGAUCCCGACUCCACCAAACCCCCCUCGCAGAAGAGGGUGCGGUUCCCCAAGGGCAAGAAGGUGAAGCCAGGGGACGAAGCCGCCGUCCGGCUCCCCGUGGUGGAAGAGGAGGUGCCUAGCGAUGCGAGGGACGCUCGGCUGGCCGCGAAGGAGCGCGCGAGCCGCCGCAACCAAAUCACGGCCGAGCUCCUCGGCGAGGAUAGCAGGGGCAUUGCCAACGACAUCUCUUCCGCUGAAGUGGCUUAUGAGGACAAUGAAAAUUUUGUAGAAGAUGGGAUUCAGAUAGAACCUUUCAAUUUGAAUAAAGAGAGGGAAGAAGGCUAUUUUGAUGCGGACGGAAACUUUGUAGAAUAUGUCAACGAAAAUGAAAUCAAGGAUGCAUGGCUUGACAGUGUUGAAGCAUUUACAAGCGUGGCUUCUAGAAGCUCGGUUCUAACACCUGCUGAAGAAGAUACUCGUGAAUUGUCGUCUGAUGAUAUUGGAAAGAUGAAGAGACGGAUUGCCGACGUGCUUGAGCCAGGAGAAACAGUACUACAUGCAUUGAGACGGUUGAAGGGAUCCUCAAGUAAUCGGAAGGAGAAGAUGUCAGCUGAGACUAAACAUCUAUUUGACCAGCUCACGGAAGAUGCAGUGACGCUUAUGGAGAAUGGUGAAUACAAUGUGUACCAUGAGACACGAGAGGUUUUUGAACGAGAGGCAGAAGGAUACGAGAGAUUGGCUUGGGCCAGGAAGGGGGGCACAGCCAUAGCUGCAGGCAAUGGGACAGAUAAAAGUUUUGAAAUGAAUCUCUUAUCUGAAGGAACAGAUACUGGUUUGGCUUCUGGUCACAACACUGCUGCUGCUGGAACUUCAGAACCUGAUGCGUCGACCUUAGAUGGCGGUGCUGAAGAGUUUGAUAUGUUUGCGGAAGAUGAUGAGCAACCUACUACAAAUAAAUCACCUGAAGAGAUUGAUCAUAUUCCUCAUGGAGACAAUGUGGUUCCUCAACCAUCAUUGAGUGUUGACAAUGCAAAUCCUGGGACUGGAGAGUCACAGAGUGAUUAUGUCUAUGACGAGUCUUCUGGGUACUAUUACAGUAGCAGUUUGGGGUAUUAUUAUGACCCAUCUACUAGGCUUUAUUGCUCCGCAGCUUCUGGACAAUGGUACGCAUUUAACGAGGAAACUGGAACAUAUGAAGAAGUCCAGGCGGAUGUAUCCAAUACAAGCUAAUAUAAGGACAGUUUUGUGGUUGUCGGUGGGACCUUAUCUGAUUAAACGGGGCAAGAGAGUGAGACUUGCUGGUGAAGAAGAACAUCGAUAGAUGGUUUUCUGUCAGUAAUGCUAGGUAUACUGAGCUUGCUGUACAAAAUUGUCAUACCAAGAGAUGCAUUAUGCUGUUCUGCGUUAAUUAGGUUGCUUUUGAAGCAAGUCGGCAUAUUUUACUCUGCACCCAAAUACUAACCAAAACUGCUGGCAUGCUUGAGCUUGCUUAGUUUGAUGCACGUGGCCUAAUUGCCUGUUCUUCACAUUCCGAACUCAUUGUUAUAUUGUCUAUUAACUAUUGGAGAGUUGUUGAUCGA